AUGCCAACAAACACCAUUAUAAUAACCUCUGACGCUAUUGAAGUGGCAGAAACGCAAUAUGUUACCAAAAUACAGCGAUUUUUGAGCGAUACGACGUUGAAACGUCACAACGUGGCCGCGCCAAACGCGAUCCAGAUCUUACCGUUGAGGGGCCUCCAGCGGGUAGUCAUUGUUUUUCCCGACGUAAAAAUGUCAUGCGAGUUCAUGGAUGCGGUCCGUGACACGGACUGCGGCGAGGAUGUACGUCUGAAUUUCUCAAUGUUGAACACGGACGCUACUCACUCAGAAUCCAAAUACUUGAAACUACCGCCUCACGAAAAACUGUUCCUGGUAUCACCACCGGCGUCGCCCCCUCCGGAAUUUGAUUACUCACGAUUAGAAGACCCCCCGGUCCGCUCUUGGCCUGAGAAUAGACAGUCACGUGACGUAUGUGAGAAUUCCAUUGAUUCCAACUCACCGGCACGCGUGCUCUUGCAACAUCCAGCAGGCACAAUAGUUAUUGACCAGCACCAAGAGUUUAGCAGAGACACUUUGCAGGACGACGACGUGCCGUUUCAGUCUGUGGCGUCUUUCAAAACAGGAAUGCCGCCAAAAUCGACUUUCGACACAAGCUCUGACGAGGACUAG